GAACGUGUAUUGCAACGACGACGACGACGGAGUUUUAGGGUGGGAGCRGAGGAACACGUGACGACCACGACGACGUCAAAGUUGAGUCAGUUGGUUUGCAGAAGCGUUCGGGUGUCCGGUACGCAACCAUCGAAAAGAUGGCCAAAACAGCAUCAGCGAUGUCGGCGGUAGUGGCGGUAGUGGCAACGGCGGUUACGUGUUGUUUCGUAUUAGCGGCCGGUCAAGAUUCGGACGCGGCAGCGAUGAUGUUUUCUGAAGACACGUCUUUGGGGGUGGACGAGCUGACCGCCCGGCCGCCGUCGUCCCAAGACAUGUCGGCAGCAUACACGUCGUCGGCCGGYCGCACUUUAACCGGCAAGCCAGGAGCCACCAACAUACAGAAAGUGCACAGGACGGCCAAGGCGGUGGACGCAAUGUCGGCCAUGGUGAUGAUGAUGGCCGCGGCGACGGGUUCGGGCACUGGAACGGCAGCAGCGGCUGUGAACAAUGACACUGCGAUCGACAGCGGAUCCUACAUUUCCGACUUAGAAUGGUUAUCGAACGUGUAUAACCCUCACCGGUGGAAUCCCGUCGAACUUCCGGCCGCGUCCAUGCUGUCUGUCCAGUGUCGGGACGUCAUGAAAACUUACCUGGAAGCACUGCGCCGAGGAUCAUUUUGGGCGGCUAAAAUGGCCGACGCCAGUGGACGUUAUUCGUCACAGCUAUUUUUCGGUAAUGACUUUUGGUUGGGAUCCCAUACUCUCUGCAAAGAGUUACAGAACAAAGCGACUAAUCAAUACGUGCCACCUUUCGAAGCUAAAUUCUACGUUGCGAAAUUGGCGAUCAAAUUACAUGAUCAGUUGACCCCCAAAACUAGAUUGAUUUCACUUGGUCUGUGUAUGCCAAAGGAUUGCAGUUCUACAGAUGUGCAAAAUAUGGUUAGUGUUCCCAAGGAAGAUAAUGAAUCUAAUUAUCGUAGUUAUAGCGUGCUUAAUGUCAGAUCUGUGCCUGGUACAUAUACUUUGUGGUCGGAUGGUAAAUUUCAAUUGUUAUUGAUUGUUGUUGGGCUAGUGACUAUAUUGACGAUUGUGGGAUCAGGAUAUGAAAUGAUAUUAGAGAGUCGAAAAGCUAGAGAAUUCAAAAAAAGACAAAUAGUUCAAGGUAAUAAUAACGAAAGUGAUUCUAAAGUAGAAUUUACACUGGAUAAAAUGCAGGCCAUUGAAAAGAUGCAAAAUAUGAAGGGAUGUGGAAAUGAUAACGGAACCUUAGACGAACCAGACAUGUUAUUUAAAGAAUUUUGUAGAUUAACUCCAGCGUACAUGAUCGUCCUUUUAAUGGCGGAAGUGUCUAGCCGAUGGCUUCGAAACAUUUCCGUAUUUGAACCAGAGAAUAACAACCACAUAAGUUGCGCUGAUUAUUGGUGGAGAAAUAUGUUAUACAUAAACAGCUUGUAUCCCAGAAAUGAAAUGUGUAUGUUGUGGAGUUGGUAUAUGUCCAAUGAUACGCAAUUCUAUGUCUUAGCAGUCAUACUACUUCUCGUUUCUGCCAGGCAUUUCAAAGGAGCGGUUAUAGGAUUGGUGGCGUUCUUAAUCGGAUCAUGGGUCGUCACAAUAUUCGUCGCAGUACAUUACAAUUUCAGAGCAAGGAUAGAGGAACCAUUUGGUCUAUUUGAUCAGCUUUAUGAUAAACCAUGGUCAAGACUUGGACCUUAUUUAUUUGGCAUGUUCGCUGGAUGGUUUUUGUUUGUUACCAAAUGCAAAUUGAAAAUGUCCUCCUUAACUGUCGUGCUGGGUUGGUCUCUGUCACUGUUCAGCCUGGCGUACCUGGUGUACGGGCUUCACGUGGUGCACUUGGACUUGGCUGGUUCCGCCCUAUAUGCAUCCGUCGGCCAUUCAGCCUGGGGUGCUGCGCUAGCCUGGAUAGUGAUCGCCUGUUGUACCGGUCACGGGGGAUGUGUCAAUUCGGCGCUGUCGUGUCGUCUGCUUCAACCCCUUAGCCGUCUGACGUACUGCGCCUAUUUGGUCCACCCCAUCAUCAUGACCAUGACCAACUUCCAAAUGGACGGACCGCUGCAUCUCCACAAUCUGAUAACGAUGAUAUUGUACUUUGGUAACGCGGUAGCAUCUUUCUUGUUAUCCUUCUUCAUAUCUCUUACAUUUGAAGCACCCGUGGUGAACCUGCUCAAAAUUAUGUUAUCAUCACCACAGGUGAAGAAAACCUCGAUGGAAAAAAACAGUUCCGAACUACAAGACUCGUAACACUGAAAACUGUUAUUAUUAUACGAUUUAUUUAAUAAUAGCAAUAGAAAUAAUUCAUCGUUAAGAUGUUUAAGUAUAGUUUA